AAGACCGCCACAACGGAUCCGAUCCGAUUCCUACCGACCCGUUCAUAAAAUCCCAGAGCCGAUCGACUCCGCGCCUCGUCGUCUUCACUUUGUUUUUUCCAAUCAACUUACAGAAACACAGUGGAAAUCUCCUUUGUUUCGACGAAGGAAACCAAAGGACUUGGAAAGAUGUCGUACGACGACGUGGAGAUAGAGGACAUGGAAUGGAACGAUGAGCUUCAAGCAUACACUUACCCCUGCCCUUGCGGGGACCUAUUUCAAAUCACGAAGGAGGAUCUCCGCCUUGGCGAGGAAAUCGCCCGGUGCCCUAGCUGUUCCCUAUACAUCACCGUCAUUUACAACAUGGAAGAUUUCCUCGGUGACGACGAUAAAUCGAAAAAGAAGAAGAAUCUCGAGCCUGCAAAGCAGCAACCUGUCGCCGUGGCUUAAAGCAGAAACUCAAGCUUUUCGCUUCUUAAAUCUUAAGUUCUGGAGUCCAGAGGUUAAUUUCUUAGAGAUAUUUAUUUCUUUCCCUGAUAUUUUCGGCCUUGGUUUUGAUCGUUCUGACAUCAUAGCAUACAGAGUGAUAAUACUUUUGAGGGUUGUAACCAUAGACAAUUAGCAAAGAUUGAUCUUUUUUGCAUAAAACAUGAUUGGAUUUCGUUUGAAUCGGAGAAAUUCAGUCCUUUAAUCUGAAUUUUCUUCUUUGUUUUUUAAGUUAUAUUUUCCGAAAUUAGUAAUAUUGCUCUUAUAUGCA